AUGGCCCAGGUGGCGAUGCCCGCCACGGUCGACGACGAGGAGUCCUCGGAGAGCAGGAUGGUGGUCACGUUCCUCAUGUCUGCGCUGGGAGUCGAUGAUCACCUCUGUGAGUCUCAUUCUCGGUGUAAAGAACUGGCCAAGUCCAAGGCAGAAGUGGCCUGCAUCGCAGUGUACGAAACGGACGUGUUCGUGGUCGGGACCGAGCGUGGGCGGGCCUUUGUCAACACGAGGAAAGAUUUCCAGAAGGAUUUCGUGAAAUACUGUAAGCGUCGCGAAGAGGAGAAGGCGGCCGAGCUGCACAAGGGCAAGUUGCCUUCGCUGCUGACCCGCACGACGGUGGACGCUGUGGAGAUCGAAACACUGCGCAAGACGGUGGAGGACUAUUUCUGCUUCUGUUACGGUGAGGGGGGAAAGCUUUUAGGGAAGUCAACAGUCGUGCCAGUUCCAUACGAAAAAAUCCUUCGGGACCAAUCGGCUGUCGUCGUGCAAGGUCUCCCUGAGGGAGUCACCUUCAAGCACCCGGCCAAUUACGACGCUUCGACGUUGAAGUGGAUUUUGGAGAACAAGUCUGGGAUUUCCUUCGUCAUCAAGAGGCCUUUCCUCGAGCCCAAGAAGCAACUAGGUGGUCGUGUGACUGGGCCCGAUUCCGAACGCUCAAUAAUCGCCCCGGGGGGAAGCCUGGGCCCCGUUUGUGCGGUCAAAGUGAAAACGGAACCUGCUGAGGAAUCAGGCAUUUCCCUGGAAAUGGCAGCCGUGACGGUCAAGGAAGAGUCCGAAGACCCUGACUACUAUCAGUAUAGUAUCCAAGGGAGCCGCCACCUCUCGGAGGGCAACGAAGGGACGGAGAUGGAGUUACCCGUGGAAGAUUCCACUCAACAUCCCCCUUCGGAAACAAGUGAGGACCCCGAAGUUGAGGUGACCAUUGAAGAUGAUGAGUACUCGCCACCCAGCAAGAGACCAAAGAGCGUGGAGCCGGUCCCCGAGGCGGCCAACGCUGGAAAGCGCAAAGUGAGGGAGUUCAACUUCGAGAAAUGGAAUGCUCGCAUAACAGAUCUACGCAAACAGGUUGAAGAAUUGUUUGAAAGAAAAUAUGCCCAAGCCAUCAAAGCCAAAGGUCCCGUGUCCAUCCCGUAUCCCCUGUUCCAGUCGCACGUGGAAGACCUGUACGUGGAGGGGCUUCCGGAGGGGAUCCCUUUCCGCCGGCCGUCCACCUACGGGAUCCCUCGCCUGGAGAGGAUCCUGCUGGCCAAGGAGAGGAUCCGCUUCGUCAUCAAAAAACACGAACUUCUGAAUUCCGCCCGCGAGGACCUACAGUUAGACAAACCGGCUCCGGGGGUGAAAGAAGAGUGGUAUGCACGGAUCACCAAACUGAGGAAGAUGGUGGAUCAGCUGUUCUGUAAAAAAUUUGCGGAAGCUCUGGGAAGCAGUGAGGCCAAGGCUGUGCCCUACCAGAAGUUCGAAGCCCACCCCAACGAUCUCUAUGUGGAGGGGCUGCCGGAAAACAUUCCGUUUCGGAGUCCGUCGUGGUACGGCAUCCCUAGGCUGGAGAAGAUCAUCCAAGUGGGCAAUAGGAUCAAGUUUGUGAUCAAGAGGCCAGAUCUGCUGACUCACGCAACCACUGAAAUCACCCAGCCGAGGACCAACACCCCCGUUAAGGAAGACUGGAAUGUCAGAAUUACCAAACUACGGAAGCAGGUUGAAGAGAUUUUUAACUUGAAAUUUGCUCAGGCCCUCGGGCUGACCGAGGCGGUCAAGGUGCCCUACCCGGUGUUCGAGUCGAACCCUGAAUUCCUUUACGUGGAGGGGCUGCCCGAAGGCAUCCCGUUCCGCAGCCCCACCUGGUUUGGGAUCCCGCGUCUGGAGAGGAUCGUCCGCGGGAGCAACAAGAUCAAGUUCGUGGUCAAGAAGCCGGAGCUGGUGCUUUCUUUCUUACCUGCUGGCAUGGCUGCUAAAGUCAACCUCAAAGCGUUACAGGCCCCCAAGAGACCCAGGAGCCCUGGGAGUAACUCAAAUGUCUCCGAAAUUGAGGUCACCGUGGAAGGUCCCAACAGCACCAACCCACAGUCGGCAGUGGCCCGCACCCCCGCACAGACCAACGGCGCCAACGUCCCCUUCAAGCCGCGCGGCAGGGAGUUCUCCUUCGAGGCCUGGAAUGCCAAGAUCACAGACCUGAAACAGAAAGUCGAAAACCUCUUCAAUGAGAAAUGCGGGGAGGCCCUGGGCCUCCAGCAUGCGGUCAAGGUGCCGUUCGCACUGUUCGAGUCGUUCCCGGAGGAUUUCUACGUGGAGGGGCUGCCCGAGGGAGUCCCGUUCCGCCGGCCGUCCACCUUCGGCAUCCCCCGGCUGGAGAAGAUCCUCCGCAACAGAUCCAAGAUCAAGUUCAUCAUCCGAAAGCCCGAGAUGUUUGAGACCUCCAUAAAGGAGAGCACCUCGAAAAGUCCCCCCCGGAAAAUAAACUCCUGCAAUGUGGCAAACACGGCAGCGGGGGUGGAAGAUCUGAACAUCAUCCAAGUGACCAUCCCGGAUGACGAGAGCGAGCGGCUGUCCAAAGUGGAGAAGGCCCGGCAGCUUCGGGAGCAGGUCAACGACCUCUUCAGCCGCAAAUUCGGAGAAGCCAUCGGCAUGGGAUUCCCCGUGAAGGUCCCCUACCGGAAGAUCACGGUGAACCCCGGCUGCGUGGUGGUGGACGGGAUGCCCCCCGGGGUGGCCUUCAAGGCCCCUAGCUACCUGGAGAUCAGCUCCAUGAGGAGGAUCCUGGACUCGGCCCAGUUCAUCAAGUUCACUGUCAUCAGACCUUUCCCGGGGCUCGUGAUCAACCAGCUGGUCGAUCCAAGUGAGGCGGAGGGUCCGUUAAUACAAGAAUCCCUGGAUCCGUGCCAGCUGGAGGGCCCCAUCCCCGACGAGCUGAAGGAGACGGAAGGAAGUUCUCAGAUCAAGCAGGAACCAGAUCCCACGUGGUAGACGGUCGCUCCCUGGCCAAGUCGUCUGCCUGCGGUGUCGGCUGACAGCGCCCGUGGCCGAGACCCCGCCCCCACCGCGAGCCUCCGCCAGCCUGCGCGAGCCGCCCAGCCGUGUAAUAUAAUUGUAUAACAGAAGUCCCUUCUAUACAAACCCUCUUUUGUACUUUUAGAUAGA